AUGGAGCAGACUUUGAGAGAAAGUACAAUAUGGAGCAAGACAAGACCUCAAUCUGAGCAGACCCCCGCACUGCCCACAACAGGUUCAGAGACCUUCCUAGACUGUAAACAUUCUGAGAGCUCAGACCACAGCUUCCUUGUUUGUGUCUCUAUCCCCAGAGCCAAGCACAGUGCUUUGAAUUUUCACUCAAGUCUCAGCGAUCUGGCAGCCAUGUCAAAUGUUUGGCAAAAUGUUCUUGCUGAGCCAUUUACUCAAUUGAACAGGCCAGGUGAGGCAUCUGCUUCUUCAAACUUGCCAAAGGAAGAAAAAGAACAGCAAGAAGCAAUCGAACAUAUUGAUAAAGUACAAAAUGAAAUAGACAGACUUAAUGAACAAGCCAGUGAAGAGAUUUUUAAAGUAGAACAGAAAUAUAACAAACUCUGCCAACCAUUUUUUCAGAAGAGGUCGAAAUUGACUGUCAAAAUCCCAAAUUUGGGGGUAACAACAUAUGUUAAACAUCCACAAGUGUCUGCACUGCUUGGGGAAGAGGAUGAAGAGGUGCUGCAUUAUUUGACAAGAGUUGAAGAGACAGAAUUUGAAGACAUUAAAUCAGGUUACAGAAUUGAUUUUUAUUUUGAUGAAAACCCUUACUUCAAAAAUAAACUUCUCUCCAAAGAAUUUCAUCUGAAUAAGAGUGGUGAUCUAUCUUCAAAGUCCACUGAAAUCAAAUGGAAACUUGGAAAGGAUUUGAUGAAACGAUCAAGUCAAACACAGAAUCAAGCCAGCAGGAAGAGACAGCAUGAGGAACCAGAAAGCUUCUUCACCUGGUUUACUGAUCAUUCUGAUGCAGCUGCAGAUGAGUUAGGAAAGAUCAUCAAAGAUGAUAUUUGGCCAAAUCUGUUACAGUACUGCUUGGUUCCUGACAUGGAUAAUGAGGAAGGGGAAGGAGAAGAAGAUGAUGAUGCCAAUGAAGAGGAAGAAGGAUUGGAAGAUAUUGAUGAAGAAGGGGAUGAGGAUGAGGAAGGGUGA